CAAACUAAAUUUAAUCCCGUAGGAUACCCCUAGUGCGUUAGUGUAAAUAUUGUUAUUUAUCCUGUGGGGAGCCCCUCGAUGUGUAAUUUUAUCUACCUGAGAGCUCGUGUUCGGGUAGUACCCGGGAAGUCACAGCCGAGAUAAGACCUGUUUGGCUUGUUGUUAUGAUGAAGUAGCCUGGGCGGGUACUCAAACUACAUCAGGGUCCUAUUUCCUCGGGCUUUUGUCCCGUUUCGUAAUUAUCAGGUCUUGGGCGGGGUACUACAGCUAAUUACAUUGACAAUAGCCAGUCGGCAGUCCAGGGAGACAGGGAGAGGCUUGCAAUGGGUAAUGGUUUUGCAGUAACAGCGGCAACUGUGUGAGAGAGUACGAAAGAGUACGGCAGCCCUGACGGACACAUCCGGACCUGCAAUUUUAAGUUAUGUGUUAUAAUGAAAUCUCCUGUUUAAAAUAAUAUAAAUUCAAACCAAAGUUAAUCUAGACGGCAUUGUGAAAGUUUAUUAUGUGAUAUAUGUGAUACUUGUGAAAGUUAUAAUAUUCAAUUUAAUUUGUGAAAGAAAACCCGUUUAUCAGAGGAAAUUCAAAAACCGGAACUCAAACCUCCAGCAAGGGUGUGGUGAUUAAUUGACUACGUUUUAAAGAACAUUCUUCCAGGACUGACGUGCGGCUGAUAGACAAUUCAUUUCUAUAUUUUUUAAUUUGUUUCUUUUGUUGUACAAUUUACUUUUGUUUUGUUUAUUAAAUUUUGUUAAAAUUUCAUUUUGUUUUGUUUCCUUCAUUUAUUCAAGUUCUUAAAGUGUAUAACCCACAUCUCAACAAUUUGGUGGCAGCGGUGGGAUACAUCUGAGCUUGGGUAAAUAGAGGAAAUAUUUUUUUUUUUUUGCAAGUUUGUUUCUAUUAUUAAUUUUGCUUUUGUGUUUCAGGUUCACAAACUUUCACAAUGUCUGGUAUGCCAGAAUGGAUGUCUGACUUAAUUGAAAAGGGUACAAACGUAAAAGAAUGUCUCGAGAUGUGGCGUCAGGAGCAGGAAUCAAAGAGAGAGUUAGAAAGGGAGAGAUGGGCGCAAGAGAGAGAAGAGCGUCAGGCGCAGAGAGAAAGUGUAAAGUUAGAGGUAGAAAGAGAUGUGAAAUUACGAGAGUUAGCUAUAAGAGAAAAAGAGUUAGAACAUGCUAAAAUUGGGGGGUCUCAACCCCAUAAGAUUAAAUGCCCACCUGUUAAGUUACCUAAGUUUGAGGAGGGACAGGACCCUGAUGUCUUUUUACGGUCGUUUGAAAAGAUAGCUGGGUUGCAGAAAUGGCAUAAAUCCCAGUGGGCUAUACGCUUAGUUCCUAUGUUAGCAGGUAAGGCUUUGGAAGCGUAUUCAAGGUUGUCGGAUGCAGAUAGUGAUAACUAUGAGAUUAUCAAAACAGCUAUUCUCAAGAGAUAUGAGCUUACUUCUGAAGAUUACAGGGAAAAAUUUCGUCAGGGUAAGCAGUCAAAUGAUGAGUCAUUUAAAGAUUUUGUUGUUAGGGUAGAAAGGUGCCUCAAUCACUGGUGUGAAGGUGAGAAAAUAGAUUCAGAUUUUGGCAAGUUGUAUGAUAUGGUCUUGAGAGAACAGGUUGUUAGAAGUUGUCCAAAAGACUUACAGUUGUGGAUUCUGGAACAUGACCCAAAGUCUAUUGAGGAGGUUGUUGCGUUGUCUAAUGCAUUUCAGGCGGCACAUAAGAGUAAGUAUCUUAGUGGCAAUAGUGUCCAAUUUCUCAGUACAGGGAAUAGGUCGACGGGAAAGCCAAACAAGUUUGGUUCGACAAAUUCUCAAGAUGCCAACUGUUUUCUUAAGAGAACUCAGUCAAAGGGUCAAGACAGUAAAGGUCAGAGAGGUACAAAGCCUGAGAAAAGGUCAGAAAAUGUUGGUUUGUGUUUAGAUAAGUCUGAGUCUAAAGUUGCAGACAAUAUACAAGAUACAACCAAGGGUAGGGUGAUUCUUAAGUUGUCCGGAGUUGAUAACGAGUCGCCAGUAAUUGAAACAUCGGCAGCAUUGGGUUGGGAUUUAGUAAAGGGCCAGGUGAGUGAUCAACCAGUUGCAGUCUUACGAGAUACCGGAUGCUCUACUGUAUUUGUACGUAGUAAGUUUAUUUCAGACUCUGAUAAAACAGGACGUUCAAGAGUGAUAACUCUGGCUGAUGGAUCUCAAAGAAACUGUGAUGAGGCAAUGGUAGAUUUGAAGACUCCUUAUGUAUCAGGUAAGGUACAUGCCCUUGUCCUUGAUUCUCCUUUUGCUGAUGUAAUUAUUGGUAAUAAUGUUAGCAUACUCAAACCAAUGGAGGACGAAAAAGAAGUCAAGAGGGAUGGAGAUGACGAGAACACUUGUGCUGCAGUUCAGACACGUUUGCAGUCCAAAUUGGAGCAAGGUAAUAGUAAUUCUCAGAGAAAAGCAACAGAAGAGGAUUCAGAGGAUGAAUCUUUGAAACAAUUGUGGUGCAGCAGAGAUAAGUUGGUAGAACUUCAGGAAUCAGAUGACAGUUUGAAAUCUGCACUGAGUAUGGCACAAGACGAUACUCAAGAAGGUAAGUCUUACUUUCAGAAACAGGAUGGUUUACUGUAUAGAAUAUUUCAGAAAGAUUCUGGUGAGAAAUUUUCCCAGAUCGUCAUACCAAAGACAAUGAGGUCGAAGGUAAUGUCCCUGGCUCAUGACACUCCACUAGCAGGACAUUUAGGUAACAAGAAAACCAGGCAGCGUAUUAUGCAACAUUUCUUUUGGCCUGGAAUGUAUAUUGACAUAUCUCGAUUCUGCAAAUCUUGUUCUAUUUGUCAAAAGGGAACACCAAAAGGUCGAACUCCAAAAGCUCCACUCAUUCCUAUUCCACCCAUUGAGGAACCAUUCUCAAGAAUAGCCAUCGAUUUUGUUGGACCUCUUCCACUGACGGAGAAGAAAAAUCGUUACAUCUUGGUUUGUAUGGACUACUCAACACGGUAUCCGGAAGCAUUUCCUUUGAAAAACCAAGAAGCAGAGACAGUGGCCAACACUUUGAUAGAGCUGUUUUCUAGGGUAGGUGUGCCUAAUGAAAUUCUGUCGGACCAGGGUACCAAUUUUAUGUCCACACUGAUGACUGAAUUGUGUAAGUUACUUCAGGCAUAUGCUUCUUCUGAACCUCACAGAUGGGAUGUUCAUUUGCCUUACGUUCUUUUUGCAUACAGAGAGGUGCCAAAUGAGACAACUGGGUAUUCUCCCUUUGAAUUGCUCUAUGGUAGACAUGUUAGGGGGCCCUUAGCAAUCUUGAAAGAGCAGUGGGAGGAACCUACAGUCGAACAGGCUUCAGUGUUGUCCUAUAUUCUGGAGACGAGGGAGAGAAUGCAGAACAUUAGAGAUUUGGUUAAAGAUUCAGAGAGACUCGCGAAAAAGAAACAAAAGAUGUACUACGACAAAAAGGCGAGAACUCGUACAUUUGAGGUAGGUCAGAAAGUUCUUGUACUUCUUCCAACUAGCACAUCUAAGCUGAUGGCGCAAUGGAAAGGUCCGUAUGAAGUAGUGAAAAAGGUAAGUCCAGUGGAUUACAAGGUAAGAAUAUCCAAGAAUAAAGAACCGAUUUACCACGUCAACAUGUUGAAAGAGUGGCUUAGCAGAGAUUCGGAAGAGAAGUGUCCGAAAAGCAAUGAAGUUUUGGCAUGUAUGGAUGCAAAACCAAAUUUUUCAGAUGAGGACGAUUGCACUAACAAUAGAGCACCAAUCCUUCAACAGACAGAAUCAUCAGAUAAUGUUGAGAUAUCGUCAGAACUGUCAGAAGAGCAGAAACGACAACUCAAAAGGUUAGUAGAAGAAUUUGAGAAUGUAUUUACAGAUGUUCCAAAGAAAACGUCCUACAUCCAGCACACCAUUAAAACGACAACCGAGGAACCAAUCCAGAAGAAACCUUAUUCCAUUCCGUAUGCGCUACAGGAAAAGGUAAAGGCGGAAAUCAAGCAGAUGAAAGAGAUGGGAAUCAUAGAGGAGACGGAAAGCCCUUACUCAGCGCCUAUUGUACUCAUCAAAAAGAAUGACGACACCCUUAGAUUCUGCGUUGAUUAUAGGGAUCUAAAUAAGGUAACUGUGUUUGAUCCUCGUCCGAUGCCAAGAAUGGAUGAUAUUCUAAACAAAAUUAGUAGAGCUAAGUAUAUCAGUAAGUUGGAUCUUACUAAGGGUUAUUGGCAAGUGCCACUAGAUGACGAGGCAAAACAGAAAAGUGCUUUUGUUACACCUUUUGGUCAUUUCAGUUUCACGGUAAUGCCAUUCGGGAUGGUAAAUGCUCCCGCAACUUUUGUGAGAUUGGUGAGUAAAGUCCUUGAAGGUCAUGAAAACUAUGCAGAAGCUUUUAUAGAUGACAUUGGUGUUUUCAGCGAUUCCUGGGAAGAUCACUUGGUGCAUUUGAGAGAGAUUUUUACAGCGUUGCAGAAUGCAAAUUUAGCAGCCCGACCGUCAAAGUGCAAAUUGGGGUUUGGUGAGGUGCAAGCAAUUCAAAACGUUCCGGUCCCAAACACCAAAAAGAAGGUAAGGUCAUUUUUGGGUCUCAUUGGAUUUUACAGGAAGUUUAUUCCUAAUUUUUCUAGUCUUGCCCUACCACUCACAGACUUGACCAAAAAGAAUUCACCACACAAAAUAAAAUGGACAGAUAAUCUUGAUACUGCUUUCAAGGAACUUAAAGGUAAGUUGGCAUGUGAACCAAUAUUGCACAGUCCAGAUUUUAGUCGAAUGUUUGUCUUGCGUACAGAUGCAAGUGCUACUGGAGCAGGCGCAGUCCUCGAACAAGAGUUCGACACUGGUAAGCACCCAAUAUUCUUUUUGAGUAAAAAGUUUACAGCAGCAGAGAAAAACUAUGCGGUGAUUGAAAAAGAAUGCUAUGCAAUUAUUUGGGCUGUCAAAACACUCCGAGUGUAUUUAGAAGGUAAGCAGUUUGUUAUUGAAACUGAUCAUGCUCCAUUGACGUGGUUACAGAGAUCAAAACUGUCAAAUCAGAGGCUUUUGAGAUGGAGUCUUCUAUUGCAGGAGUUUUGUUUUACAGUUCGGUAUAUUCCAGGUAAUCAGAACGUUAUUGCAGAUGCGUUGUCAAGGUCUAGUGAAGAGUUAGAGUAAACCAAGAUCAAUGGGGAAUAUUUCCAGUUUGUAUAUAUGUGGUUGAUUUCUAUGUAUUUAGUUUGUAAAUAGGUUGGACUAAAUGGUGCUUUAGUCUUCAAAAGGGGGAGGUUUGUAACAAACUAAAUUUAAUCCCGUAGGAUACCCCUAGUGCGUUAGUGUAAAUAUUGUUAUUUAUCCUGUGGGGAGCCCCUCGAUGUGUAAUUUUAUCUACCUGAGAGCUCGUGUUCGGGUAGUACCCGGGAAGUCACAGCCGAGAUAAGACCUGUUUGGCUUGUUGUUAUGAUGAAGUAGCCUGGGCGGGUACUCAAACUACAUCAGGGUCCUAUUUCCUCGGGCUUUUGUCCCGUUUCGUAAUUAUCAGGUCUUGGGCGGGGUACUACAGCUAAUUACAUUGACAAUAGCCAGUCGGCAGUCCAGGGAGACAGGGAGAGGCUUGCAAUGGGUAAUGGUUUUGCAGUAACAGCGGCAACUGUGUGAGAGAGUACGAAAGAGUACGGCAGCCCUGACGGACACAUCCGGACCUGCAAUUUUAAGUUAUGUGUUAUAAUGAAAUCUCCUGUUUAAAAUAAUAUAAAUUCAAACCAAAGUUAAUCUAGACGGCAUUGUGAAAGUUUAUUAUGUGAUAUAUGUGAUACUUGUGAAAGUUAUAAUAUUCAAUUUAAUUUGUGAAAGAAAACCCGUUUAUCAGAGGAAAUUCAAAAACCGGAACUCAAACCUCCAGCAAGGGUGUGGUGAUUAAUUGACUACGUUUUAAAGAACAUUCUUCCAGGACUGACGUGCGGCUGAUAGACAAUUCAUUUCUAUAUUUUUUAAUUUGUUUCUUUUGUUGUACAAUUUACUUUUGUUUUGUUUAUUAAAUUUUGUUAAAAUUUCAUUUUGUUUUGUUUCCU